AUUUCAAUAGAAAGUGAGGGCUUGGAUCGUGAGAGAAGUUUUAUAGAGUUGUUGCUGAGAAAGAGAGAAAAUGGGAAGAGCCCCUUGCUGUGACAAGGCAAAUGUGAAGAGAGGACCAUGGUCACCAGAAGAAGACUCAAAGCUUAAGGAGUACAUCGAGAAGCAUGGCACUGGAGGGAAUUGGAUUGCUCUUCCUCAGAAAGCUGGUCUUAAGAGAUGUGGAAAAAGUUGCAGAUUGAGAUGGCUUAACUAUCUUAGGCCCAACAUUAAGCACGGAGAAUUCUCCGACGAGGAAGACAGAAUAAUUUGCAGCCUUUAUGCUAAUAUUGGAAGCAGGUGGUCCAUUAUAGCAGCUCAGUUGCCAGGUAGGACUGACAAUGAUAUCAAAAACUAUUGGAACACCAAGCUUAAGAGGAAACUUAUGGGGUUGCUUCCUGCAUCUCAUCAAAGAUCAAUAGCACCCUAUCAAACCCCACCAUCAUCAUUUCCUUCUCACUCAUCACUAUCAUCCUCAGUCUACUGCAACAACAACUCUCAUUAUUACCUCCCAGCACCAACAGUAUCUUUCUCAUGCCUUGAACCAAUAUCUGCUCCUUCAAAUAAUUACACAAACACAAUCUGCACAACAUCCUCCACCUCUCUCCCUUUUUAUCAAAACCAAGAGCCCUUGGUGAGUGUUAGUCCCAUGCAGUAUUACCACCCUACCACAGACACUUCUAUGCUUGUGUUUGGAAGUGAAACAAGUUGCAGUUCCUCAGAUGGGAGCUGCAGCCAGGUUAGCCUUGGCAGAGAGAUCAAACAAGAAGAAAUGGGAUUUCAGAGUUUCAUGUUUGGAGAUCAGCACAUGAACAACAAAUUCAUGCUUAAUCAUGAUCAUGGUGGUGAAGAAUAUGUGAACCAAUAUUGGGGAGAGAAGCCCUAUUUUCAAACGCAAACAGCAUUGGAUUAUGAUCUAGAGGUUAUUAAGGACCUAAUUAGAAGCAACGGUAGUAAUAAUAGUAAUAAUGGGUACUUGAGUAUUGAUGAAAACAAGACGGUGGAGAAAGGGUUGUACUACAACUACUGAACUGAUGCAUGACUGACUGCAAGUAAAAUCAGAGAGAUAUGAUUCAGUGAGAGGCAUGGGAGUGGGGAAGAUUCAGAAAAGACUUUGAAGUUGUGGAGUUCUGUGUUCUUUAAUGAAAUGAGAUAAAUCUUAUGUUGACAGUACAUGGUAAAAGCUUCUUUAUAUUUUGUGUAUAUCCUCUAGGAAUGAACUGAAGUGAUGAUAAUGAUUUGAUGACGAUGAUGUUAGAUUUUUGUAA